AUUAACCUCAAAUUAUGCUUUUGUUUUUGUAAAUAACGGAUUCCUACUUGAUUUGUUUUUAUAUUAUCAAAAGCAACAAUAAAAUGGAAAUAUUACAAUUUGUAGAUGCUAAAACAGUACCCGAUAUUGUUCACGAAUAUACGCCUGCUCUGAGAAAUAAUUCAGUACCAAUUAUAAUCGAUAAUGGAUCUUAUAUGGCUAGAGUUGGUUGGGCUACGAGUACCGAACCUCUUUUACAAUUUAAAAACCUAAUAGCCAAGCCGCGACGAGAAAGAUCGAAAAAAGAGUCCGUAGAAUUAACUCAAGCUCCUCAACUUCAAGUCGGCAAUGACAUUGUUAACAUCGAAGCAUUAAGAUUUCAAUUAAAAACACAAUUUGAUAGAAAUGUGGUCACGCAUUUCGAAGCACAAGAACAUCUUUUUGAUUAUGCUUUCAGUCAUUUGGGAAUUAACACUGAAAACUGUGUGCCGCAUCCAAUAGUUUGUACUGAAGCUGUGCUAAAUCCAAAUUCAUCCAGACAGUUAAUGUCUGAGUUAUUGUUCGAAUGUUACGAUGUACCAGGAGUGUGUUAUGGGAUAGAUGCCUUAUUUGCGCAUCACUUUUAUCAUGAAAAAAUUAAACCAGAAGGUUUAAAAGAUGUUUUGAUCGUUAAUGUGGGUUACCAGUCAUGUCAUAUAAUACCAGUAAUUAAUAACAAAACAGUUUUUGAAAAUACCAGGAGACUGAAUACAGGUGGAUAUCAUAUUAUAUCAUUUCUACAUCGUAUACUACAGUUAAAAUACCCAUCGCAUGCUACCUCAAUCACUUUGAGUCGAGCUGAAGAAUUACUAUGUAGGUUAUGUAAAAUUGCGGUGGAUUACAGAGUGGAAUUGAGUAAAUGGGCUAAUCCAGAUUAUUACGAGGAGCAUGUUAUAAAAAUUCAGCUUCCUUUCACAGCUACAGUAGUUAAUUCAGCAGUUACAAUUGAGCAACAAAAAGAGAGAAAGAAGGAAUUAGCAAGAAGAUUAACAGAAAUUAACGCAAGAAAAAGGGAAGAAAGAUUGGCGGAAGACGAAGAAAAAAUUGGACAGUUGUUGGAUAUUAAAGAAAUGAUUGAGUAUGGUGCUGAUAAAGCUACAGUGGAAAGGACAUUGACUGAAUUUCAGAUUAAGAGUACGUCAGAACUGGAAAAGAAUAUUUUGCAUUUGAACAAUAGAAUUGAGAAAACUAAACUGAAAAUUCUGGCUGCUGCAAGUAAUUUGGAAGAAGUGGAAGAACCGCCCGCUAAACAAUCAAAAUAUAGUAAAAUGGCGUUUGAAAGUGAAAAAGAACUUUAUAUGUUCUUACAAAACAUCAGAAAAAUGAGACAAGAAAUAUUGACUAAGAAAAUGAUCAGGAAACAAAGGAAGCAAGAUAUGGCUAAAAGACGGACUGCAGCUGGUCAAGAAAGGAUGAGAAUUAUUUCUCAGUUGGCCAGGAAAGAGAAAGGAAAUGAUGAUUUUGGCCUGAGAGAUGAGGAUUGGGAUAUUUACAAAACUAUUAGUAAAGAUGGUGGCGAUUCCGAUAGUGAGGCUGAAAACGAAAAACUCGUGGAAUUUGAUGAGGUUUUGAGAGCUCACGAACCCUCGGAAUUAGGCGAGUCCUCAAAUCCAGGAGAAACGCAUCAGCUUCACAUUGGAAUAGAAAUAUUCAGGGCUCCCGAACUACUGUUUAAGCCGUACAUGCUGGGCAGUCAAGAGGCUGGAUUAUCCGAAGUCAUUGCUUAUGUAAUCUCGCUUUUUGAACCCGAAGACCAACUAAAAUUAGCCUCGAACGUGAUCGUGACGGGCAGUUUAGCAAAUUUGCCCGGCCUCAAAGAGAGACUGGUCACCGAUCUCGUUUCAGUGAGACCGUUCAAAUCGACUGUGAACAUCAACGUGAUGAACAGUCCGAAUUUGGCUGCGUGGUAUGGAGCGAGGAAUUUCUCAAGAAGCGAUGAAUUUCAACGGGCGUUGGUAACGAAAAAGAUGUAUCAGGAAAUGGGAGCAGAGUAUUUGAAGACAUACCAAGCUUCAAAUCAGUAUAUUCCUACCCCAUCACCAAUCAGUACAGAUGUAGAUGUCCUAAGUUGAAGAGAAAAUUGUAUAAAUAAGAACUGUUGAAGGUUAUUCAAAAAUGUAUAAUUUUAGCUUUAAAAAUUAAGGAAAAUAGUAAUAAAAA